ACAACAACACUUCGUCAUUCUUGGUCCGUCUCUAGAGGCAUCUGGAAGCAUUGUAUUUGUGCUCUCUCAUCGCGCUUGCAAGUUAGUGUUUUUUUUUUCUUCUGUCCAAUAACUUGCUGAUGCAAUUUUUGGUGAAACAUCAAGUGUAAUGUUGCUAUAAAACCAUCGCUUCGGCAAGUGGAAUACCGUCAGUCUAUCCUAGCAGCGAGCAGCUUUUCAUCAUUCGAGCGUUAUCUCGAUACCAAGUGAAGUGACUUUUUAAAGCAGGAGCGUAGAAGCAACACGAAGGGCAAUCCGGUUUUCGGUCGUAAAAAGCUUGUUUUGUGAGUUUUUACUAGUGAAGUGAAGUGAAGUGAAGUGAAGUGGCAGAGCAAACCUUCCUAUUAUUUUAAACAUUUAGUUUGCAAGGAUCAAGAACAAGAGAGCCUAUCAUUCUUCAAACUUUUCCAUCCCAAUUCACGGACAAAAGAAGGCAACGCGAUGUGUGAUUUAGUUUCCCUAAAAAUAACCAUCAAUAGUGAUGCAAACUAUCUCCUGUUUGGGGAGCGAAUCUGUCGCGAUGUGAAGGAGUUGGAAGCGUUUUGCAAAAGCCGUUUCCAAGAUUUGCAGAAAAAUGUGAACGAAUUCCGUUACUUCUGGAUCGAUGACGAUGGGGACGAGAUCCGUAUUACGACGGACGAAGACUAUCGCAGCUUUCUGCAGGCGAUGGCCAAUGCCAAGGCUCGCCUUUACGUCGUGGAGAAAAAGACGACGCUGGCAGCAGAACCGGGCAACCAGGAUGAGAACGUCGUUGUGCAGGCUGAGGCCGACGAUGAUGCGCCGGUGCAGAACGAUGCAACUGGUGUUGUUGACACGUCCCGUCCCUUGCACCAGCACAUCAUUUGUGAUGUGUGCGACGAGGAAAUCGUGGGCCACCGCUAUAAAUGCCUGUCCUGCCACGAUUACGACCUCUGCAUGAGCUGCGAAGCAAAGUUUCGCCAUAAGGACCAUCUGAUGCUGCGCGUCCCGAAACCGGCCAUGAUGUUGCACUCGCACUCACUGAUCUCCCGGAUGUUCGACAAGCUGCGUUUGUACUCGACUCGCAUCGCAAGCAACGCGGAGAAGGAAGCUGCAGUCCCGGAUCCAGAGGUUAGUGGCGGCCCGGGCAGCAAGGGCAUCUCCGACGCGAAUGGUAUGAAACGCUCACGAAGCGGACAUCGCAGCAAGCACAGCGAGGAGCGUCGUGGUUACGUCGAGUUAUCGAAGCCUCUUCGGAGCUGUAAAAUGAGCGGUGGACCAGACCGUAAGCAAAAUGUUGUCGCUGCCGAAACAACCGGCGAACGCAGCGCGAAGGAGACGAAAGAGAAUCCUUCAUCGCAGCCUACGGUUUCGGAAAUGACUCAGCGCUACCGGGACAUGAUGGUCAUGUAUCUGAAUUCGACUGAAGCUUUGGAUCCCAAAGGAAACCCGGUCCCGUGGAGUACUUCGGAUCAUGUAACCGUAGCCAACGUUGCUGCUGCCACUGCUACAGCAGCCGCAGCAAGGGCCGCUGCCGUAGCCAAUAAGGUCCUCCAGGCGAACAUGAAGGCCACCAGCGGCAAACCCACUUCACCUACGGAACCGACGCCACAAGAGUUGGUACAAAUGCUGCGACACGCGAAAGCGACAAUGAAGCCACCGAAACCGGCAUCAACAACUACUGCUCCAGCGACUGCUCCACGCUCCGUAACGCCGAUUCCAUUUUUGCCGUUCGUCAAUCUGGCCUGGCCUUCGCAAGAGAAGCUGAUGGUUGCGAGCGAAAAUGUGUCGAAGCUGUUGGAUCCACUCGGAUUAAGCUUCGAAAUACGCCAUAAGCCUGCGGGCGCACCAUCAACACCUCCCGGAGGUUCGCCAAAAACACGCGGCGACAACGCCAGUGCUCCGGUUCCGCCAGCAACAUCAACAACUGUCGCUGAAGCAGCUCCAUCGCAGCCGACGUCGGAGAAGCAAGAAGAGCAGGAUAAUAAGCCGCUCGAUAAGAAACCGGAAAAUGACAUCCCAACAAAGGAGGAGCCGCCGCAGCAGGUGGCAACGGAGGCGGUUGCUGACUCGUCUAAUACUGCCCAAACGCCCAAGGAAAACGCAGCCACUGAGAAAUCGAAUUCAGAGGAAAAAGAAGAGCCGAAGAAUCCUACAUCCGGCGGUUCAUUGCUGGAAUCGGAUUCCAUCGGGAAUCCGGAUAAACCGGAAGCGGUGGCAGUAGAGAACGAGCCAGAUGAUGAAGAAGAUUCGCAGCACAGUUCAUCCGCUUCCUUGCUGACGGAUGACGAUCAAGAUUUGCUGGAAGUGGAGGAGGGCGAGGGUAAGGAAAACUCUUCCGCACCAUCCAAGCCACCGAAAGUGGCAGAAAAAAGCUGGACCCUGAUCGACAUUCCGAACGACCAUGAUGAAGACAAGCCUGCUGCCGCUAGCGUUCCGCUGGACGCUAUUGUGAAGCUGAUCGGACAAGACCUUUCGUUUAUUACCGACCAGAAGACACCGGCCCAACUGGACAAGGAAAAGAAGAAGGACAAGUCGGCGGAGGAAUCGAAACCGAAGGAACCGAAAAAGGUUCGUAAAAUGUUCACCGAGCAACGGGACGGUUCGGAACUGGGCUCAAUUUGUUGCGCUGAAGGACUCGUACUCGGCGGCGUCGUCGUCGUCGUCGUCUGCUGCCAGUUCGUCCUCGGCCGCUGGUCCUUCGGGCAAGGGUGCUCGCAAAUUGAGUUCCGCCCAAAAGGAUUCUACUGUCUACAGCCGUCGCCCGCACGUUAACCACGCCAUCCACACGAUGAUGACAAUGGGAUUUAGCAACCACAACGGUUGGCUGACCCAGCUGCUGGAAUCGCUGAACGGAGACAUCCCGAAGGCACUCGACCUGUUGCUGCAGCAUCGCCAUUAAGCGUGCGGGGAACUGGUGUAACCAUUUCGAAUACUGAAGAUAAGAUGUCCCCCAACUGCUUCCUUCACAACGUAGAUGUUAGUUUGGUGCAGGGUAGGAUUACGGCCAGAAUUUAUCCACACCCUGUUAGUGUUAGAAGCAUUGAAACGCUUACAGCGCAGCGACCGAAUUCAUUGUCAAUUCUUUUCAUAACCCACUGGUGGAGAACGAUGGAGAGGGAAGAUUAUUGCUGUUAGAGCACGACGCCCCGUCCUCACACCAUUCCCUGUGUGAGAAUUUGUAUCCGGUGUUGGGCGCGAUGAACGAGCAGUGGGAAGAAGAUGCAAAUGAGAGAAAGUAUUAUAUCUAUUUACGCAACGCAGUAACUGGCGUAGUUGAGUUGGGAUGAGCUGAGAAGAGUUAUUGCGACUAGCAAUAUGACAAUAUUGGAUACAGUAGAGAACGUACGAUAUUUACACUUUAUAAACAUACACACACACACACAAACACACAUAUAUAUAAGAAAACAUGCUUGUUUACAUGUGCCGAAACUUAUAUAGAUGUAUUUAACUAACCACCCACCAUCCCUUACGUACGAUAGGUGGCGUGGAAUGAAAUGGCUUAUGAAACACAAUAAAAUGUUUUUGCGGCGAUUGCCGAAAAACGAAAAAACCAA